CGACAGCGCUCGCCUUUUUUCUUGGUUGCUCAGCGAGCAACGUCUUCGCCCCCCCUGAUGCUGGCCACUAUGAAUGCGACCGUCCCCACCUCGACCGAGUUUGAGGACCGGAUAUGUCCUGGUUGCAAACUUUCUGCCGUAACAGAGCAAGGAGGUCUGGUAGUUGCCUUUGGGCAAUCCUUCUUCCACGUCGAUUGCUUCAAGUGCGCCAAAUGUGGGGACAAGGUGACCGCCGAUACCAACCUCCUCUUACUCUCCGACGGCUCGCCCAUAUGUGCCAAUUGCUCCUACAGCUGCAACGUCUGCCACAAUCCUAUUCUCGACGAGGCUAUAAUGACCGGUGACGACUCGUAUCACGCGCACUGUUUCAAGUGCAAAGUCUGCAAGAACCGUAUCGACGAGCUUGUGUUUGCCAAGACAAGCCAGGGCAUAUACUGCAUGAAAUGUCAUAAUGAGCGGAUGAUCAAGAUACGCAAGCACACUCAGAAGAAAGCAGAGAGGGAAAAGGAGAAGGCAGCCGCAGCGGUGCAAGGUUCCACCAGUUCGCGGGAGCGCGAAGCCCGACCAUCCUCGGGACUGUCUGCGUCCGAGUCUCUGGUGUCUGCGCCCCAAACUCCCCGUUCCCGUGCUGCUGAUGUCCGGUCGCCGAAACGGCCUUACGUUAGCGACGCGUUCGAACCUGCAGAGUCUUCCAAGCAUAAACCCGCUCCUCUUCCACUAUCAUCAAAUAUUGCCGUCGCGGGUGCAUUGCCAUCGCCAUCUGUCCGCAUAGCAGCUCCAGAGAGCGAAGUUAGCACGCCACAGUCCUCCGUGUUCCACGCGCCGAGCGAGACUGGGACAAGCCGGAGUACACUGCCUCUUCCUUCUAAUUCUCCUACAUUAGAAUUACCUGAAGCGCGACGACAAAGCUUCGAGGAUGGUGCCCGACGGUCAGACAAUCUCUUUCCUCAGGAUGACCUGGGACCUGGCCCUACUUCCAAGCGGAAUAAACGGCAUUCAAUCAACCCAGGAGCAUCUCUGGCCAAUCUGAUACCGGCAUCUACUACUCCCCCACCGACAUCCCCGUCUCUUUCGCCAUUGUCUGCGACUUUCGUAUCGAGCAGUCAGCCUUCCUCUCCUCAUCAUCGAUCUCGUUCGCCGUCUCCCCGACUCGACCGGGCAAACAAUCGACCAGACAGUACAUCCAGUAACACGCACGUGUCUUCUCCGCGAACUCCGCCAGACGAUGGUUCAACAGACCAAACGGUUGUCAUGGGCUCGUCGUCGUCACAACCACACGUGAUACUGAAUUCGAUCACGCCCAGCCGGAAGAACUCGCAACCCGUGUCGCAUCGUUUGUCAGCUGAAGGGCGCUCGUCGUCGAACCAACGGCGUCCGUCACUGGACCAACGCCGGACAUCAUCCGAUCAACGACGGCCGUCAAUCGAUGGUCGACCUUCCUCGGCUCGCAGCUCGCGAGCAGAUGUGCCACACAGCAUCGAAAGUGGCACCGACACGGACACCGAUGCUGGCAGCGGCCCCGAUGGUGAGAGCGACGGCCACGUGCAGCCGCCAUCACCACCGCCCAAGACUGUCGAGGACCCCGAAGCCUCUCAAUUGGAUAGCUCCGACGACAUGUCCGAGUCGUCCCCUGUUGAGCACACCUCCCACUCAACAUUUAUUGCUCCGGCGCUUCCUCCAAUACGAUUUUCCAUGACGACAUCGGACUUUUCUGAUUUGUUUAGCUCGGUGCAGGGCCAUCGCAGGUCGAUGUCUUUAAAGCAGCUGGUGAACAUGACGGAAGGAGAGGUGCCAUCCACUCCGCCUCCAACUGCCGUCUCAAUCAAGUCGGGGGGUUCGACACCGACCAUGGCAACGUCGGUGCGCGGAAACACAACAAAUGACAGCACUCCCAAGGUGAUUCUCCCUGCACCAAGGCUGCAAAGUCUGGGAAAGAAUACCCUGCCGUCAGUUUCCGAAGGUCCGGAUAUGAAUGGGUCGAGGUCACGAUCGUCCUCAGAGUCGCAAGGCCAGCCGGUCAAGCGCAUCCCCCUCACGCGGGCCGAUUCAGCAGGAACAGCUGUCCCCCGUGAUGCAAUUGGAUCAGAUCUGGCAGUCCUACGGCUACGGCAGGCAAGCGCAGAUGCUCGUGAGCGAGGCGCAACACAACUCAAGCUGGACAAGGCGUUCGUGGACGCUAUUCUCAGUGCGAUUGACACGCGUGAUGCGGAGUUGAGCACGGUCAAGACGAAGUUGGAUGGCGUCAGGAGAGCGAGUAAACAGUACAUUGAUGGGCUGACUGUCGCACAGACUGAGUACGACAGCGAAGUCAAGGCCAGGCAGAACGCUGAGGCGGAGGUGACCCGGUUGCGAGUCAUCCUUUCUGGACAGGUUGCGCGGCUGACAGCGCUGUCUGGGGACUCGAAGCGGCAGGAGCUGCGGCAGCAGCUGUCCAAGGAGCUCAACGAAAAUCUUUCUGGCUUGGAGCGAGACUUAUCCAAGCUCAAAGUUGAGAGAGACAUGGCUAUCGCUGAAGUCGAGGAGCUCUCCACCACCAAGGAAGAAAGCGGCCUGAGCCGAUCCCUGACGGCACGCCUGGACAACAUCAAGAAGCAAUAUCACCGCGACCUGCUGCCGCUGAGGGAGGAACGUGUCAACUUGGAGCGUGAGAUUGCCGAGCUUAAAGGUGUUCGGGACGUUUUCUUGGAGGAGACGACUACGUUGAACGCGCGCAACGAAGAGCUUGCGCAGCUCGGUGCACAAUAUGCUCGACGCAUGGUUCCCAUUCCCGAAACACCCUCGAAAACGCCACCCAAGCCAGCGCACACCCCACAGCAGUCAACCACGAGCGUCACCGCGACUCUGCCGGCGAUUCCGCCAUCGACCACCGUUUCUUCUUCAGCUAGCGACGAUUCCCACGACAGUAGGCUCAAAGUGCACAGGAUGGACUCAUUCGAUGCGCCAACUCCCUCAAAACCCAAGACAGGAGGUUUCAAGUGGCCUGGCACUAAGCCCAGGGACCCGGCACCAGCCACACCGGCCAAGCUCUCUGCGCAUAACUUCCAGCAGAUCAGCGUGCUCCGGUUCACGCGAUGUGAUCACUGCACGGAAAAGCUGUGGGGAACUCAAUUGCGAUGCAACACUUGCAGCAUGUCAGUUCACGUCCGAUGUGUGAAUCACGUGCAAAUCUCAUGCGGUCAACGGGUGGAGGCAGCGAGAGAAGAGGAGCUCCCGCCUUCGAUGUUCGGACGAGAACUGGUUGAACAAGCACACGCCGACGGCGCUCAGGGCGGCGACCAGCAGAUACCCCUGAUUGUCGAAAAGUGCAUAGAUGCCGUCGAGGCCCUUGCCAUGGACUACGAAGGAAUCUACCGCAAGACCGGGGGUUCCGGCCAGUCGAAGGCGAUCACGCAGUUGUUCGAACGAGGGAAUUACGCUGCAUUCGAUCUGUGCGACUCGGACCGUUUCAACGACAUAUGCAGCGUGACCUCUGUGCUCAAGUCGUACUUCCGGUCGCUGCCGACCCCGUUGCUCACUUAUGAUCUACAUGAGCAGUUCAUGUCUGCUGUCCAGAAUCGGGAUCCUACCGUCAAGAACCGUACACUACUCGAGCUGGUGAAUAAACUUCCCAUCGAGCACUAUUGCACGCUGCGGACAGUCAUGCUCCACCUGCAUCGGCAAGUCCACUCCCCUUUUUAUAGGCGCACCUGGCUUACUGACAACCCCACCAGCGUCCACCAGCGAAGCGAGCGCAAUCUGAUGACAGCCCGCAAUUUGGGCGUCGUAUUUGGUCCCACACUCAUGCGGUCUGCCGAUCCAGGAGCUGAAUUCAGCGAUAUGGCUGGCAAAGCUCUGUCGAUCGAGUGGCUGAUCGAAAAUGCGCCUCAGGCAUUUACCUAG